AGAAAGUGGGCGUUUCCGUUUAGCAAUGGAAACUUCUGCAAUAGUUAUUGACAAUGGUACAAGGUCCAUUAAAGUCGGAUUUUCUGGUGAUGAUAAUCCAAGGGCAGUCCUCCCUUCAGCUGUUGGCAUUUCGAAACAAUCCAAAAGUGCAGGAGAGCAAGUUGGGGAGGAACCACUUAAAAGACGUGACCUCUAUGACAUCAAGUUUCCAAUAGAGCGUGGGAUCAUAAAGGACUGGGACAACAUGGAAAAGAUAUGGCACUGUGCGCUGUACAAUGAACUAAGGAUCCCUCCAGAUGAGCACCCUGUACUACUAACAGAGCCUCCACUCAACCCACGUGCAAACAGAGAGAAAAUUGCUCAAAUAAUGUUUGAGACUUUCAGUGUACCAGCAACAUACAUAUCGCUCCAGCCACUCCUCAGUCUCAUCUCUGCCGGUAGAACCAAUGGCAUUGUACUUGAUUCUGGUGAGGGAGUUACCAGCAUUGUCCCAAUAUGUGAAGGGGUUGCUCUGCCUCAUGCAAUACUGCGACUUCACCUCAGUGGCUGUGACCUCACCGACUACCUGCUACGCCUAAUGACUGAAAGAGGGUACUAUCUUGAAACUCCCAGCGAGAAAGAAAUGGCUCCAGAUAUUAAAGAGAAACUCUGCUACGCUGCAAUUUCCCCGGAUGAAGAAUCAGCUAAAAGCGAGCAAGAGCUUGAGAAGAACUACGAGCUACCAGAUGGGCGUCAAAUCACACUUGGAAGCGAGAGGUUCCGAUGUGCAGAGGCACUAUUCCAACCUUCACUGGUAGGUCUACCUUAUAGUGGAUUCCAUCAAAGCAUACUAAACUCAAUAAAUAAAUGUGAUAUGGCAGUGAGACGAGAUUUAUAUGGAAACAUAGUGGUCUCUGGAGGCAAUACUCUACUCACUGGGUUUACUGAUCGAUUGGAGAAGGAGCUUUUCCUUAUAUCUCCUUCUACCGUUAAUAUUGAAAUGGUAUGCCCUCCGGAGAGAAAGUUCAGCGUUUGGGCUGGAGGAUCGCUCCUUUCGUCUCUCUCCUCUUUCCAGGAUAUGUGGAUACUGAAAGAGGAGUAUGAGGAGAGAGGACCAUCUAUUGUGCAUAAGAAAUGCUCCCACAGCAACUGAAGACACUCGUUUAUAUAGAUCAGCCUGAUCAAAGAACAAAAAAUUAAUGAUCUAUGCUAUGAUGCUAUUAAUAUUAUUAUAAAAUAAUAAUAUUUAC